GGCACGUGUCGACAUUUGCAACAGUAUAUAUAAAAUUUAAGCGCAGCCUGGUGGAAAUAGUGAUAAGUAUAAAAGCUCCUCUCAGUGUUCUGAUCCACGGCGGGGCGCAUCUCCGGAUUUGCUGCCGCUGUGAGUACUAAUAAUAUUCGCGUUGAACUGCUCAUUUUGUAUAGGGCCAUGGAAUCGGUCAGAGCUUCAGAAUUGUUCCGGGGAGGGACUGCUUUGUAAUUUUGGAAGGGCUGCACUCCGUUCAAAAGUCAUUCCGAAAGUGAUUUCGCUCUGGUUCUUGCAGAAUCUCAGCAGCUGCAGUAAAUCAGUCCGAAGGGUCCGCAAAGAAAAGAUUUGUCGGUGCUUUAUCUACGAAAACCUUGCAAAAAGAGGAGUGCUUGUCUGUGGCUGACAAGCAUGUUUUAUUUCAUUCCUGUAACCAUCUGGUUCAUUUAUGUUAAUUCUUCACAAGGGAAAAAUGUGACAUUUUAUGCUUCACCGAGCAGUUUGGUGACAUUUCCUGGAAUGGACGAGAAAGAAGUGAAAAUAACUGAAGUUAUUCAUUGGGAAAAAAUGGCAGAACGCAAAGGGAACGUGACCUCCAUUGAACCAUUUCUACAGUUCCAUGUGGGUUCCAAGAAACCUUCCUUAAUAAAUAAAUACUUACGGCGCAUCGACUUUUCGCCAUCCAAUGGAUCACUUGUUUUCAGUAAUCUGACCUAUGCAGAUACUGGCUGUUAUAGACUUUCCAUCAAUCUACGAUCAAGUAUUAUUCACUAUAUUUGCUUGAAUAUAAUAGAUAAGCUGUCCAAACCAUCCAUCUGGAUCAACGGCAGCUCUCUGCAUUCCACCAUCCAGAUGAGCUGUAAUGUUGAUGGAGAUUCUCCGAGCUACCAAUGGCGGAAAGACGGAAGGGAGGUUUCCCAGGAUCAGUUGCUGGACGGUAACAAAAGCCUUGUUAUCCCGAGCGCUUCCAGAAGUGACUGUGGAACUUACACCUGUGAUGUCACCAACCCCGUCAGCUCUGUCCAGGCAAACUACUCGCUAACUAUUCAUGGUCUUCCUCUGGUGGAGACUAGCAUUGUGGUCACAUCAAUUAUCGGAAUAGUAUUCUCUGUCGUGUCAUUUUUUGGUUUGCUGCUCCUGUGUUUUUUUCGGAGGGAAGGGGAAAGAGGUUCACUGAGGCAGCUCAAAUACUUGUUUUUGCUCCUAUUUAUCUGUAACACACUGUCUCUUCUUGUUAUUUCCAUUGCCCUCAUUUCCUGGAUUGCAAUAAAAGGAGCUGCCUCUGCAUCUGUGGUUGCCCUGUUCAUUGUGGUUGCCCUGCUGCCUUUGAAUGUGUGCCUGACCAUCACCAUUUGGAAUCAGGGCUGCCAGUGUUUCAGAAAGUUCUUAGACUGCACAGGUUUACGCGCUUCGAUUGACUUUUGUGGCAUCGUGAGUUCCGUCAUUGUGAUCGCCAUUUCCAUCGUCAUCCUCAUUGAGGAGAUUCAGCAAAGCAAUCAAGGCUGUCAUGUGUCAUAUCUAACCUGGAGCACGGUGGCCCCAUUGAUCAUAGUUGCUGCGAUAAUCUUCUUUUCAUUUUUAAUUGUAUGGAAGAGAGGUAGCAGUUCAAGCAGUGAAUCAAACAAUGAAGGAACACCACAGGAACAGAUAAGAAUGAAUCAGCUGGAUCAAGAGCCAUCUGAGAAUGGAGGCGAUCAAUGAAUGAACGCUUCUUCCAAUAAUCUCCAUCAAUCGCACAACCACGCAUGUCAUAAUGCACACUGGCAAUAUCGGAAUCAAAAUUGUGGAGGGAAAACAGACGCUAAUGGUGACCAGAUUUUAUUCACAAUAAUUCCAAUAGAGCAUCAGAGGCUCAGCUGAGCGACCCCACAAGACACAACAUUCUCAAAACUAGAACUCUGCCAUUAGUGCCAGUUGGGCGUCUGCUUCAAUAUUACAAGUGACACGUAAAACCUGAGCCUGUCAAAACAAACUUGACAGAUUUAAACAGAAAGCACCAGGACACCAUAUUACAAAAAGUGUGUCACUUUAAAAAAACACACACAAGGAAAACUAAAUGAUUAAUGACUCUUGUUAAACAAUUACUGAAUUCCAUUAUUCUAAAAUCCUCAGAGCCUCUCUGGUUCCCUACACAGUCCUGGAGAGCUUGUUACAAUGCACUGGCUGGAGGAACCCAGCAUGUUAAGCUGCAUUGGUGGAACUGGUGCUGUUUUGUGUUUUUUUAAGAAACUAUGUUAUUUCACAACACUGCCCCCAUCAGAGCCAAAAUACUUGAAAUCAGAUGUACACACUAUUUUGUAUCUUCUGCACAUUUACAGCUGAGAACACUUACUGCAGCUCUGAUUAGUGUGACACUAUUGCAGUGGCAGUGAAUCGGGUUCAAUUACCAUCACUAAGGUGCCUGUACAGACUCCCCAUGAUGCAUGGGUUUCCUCCAGAUGCUUUGGUUUCUCCCCACUUCCCAAAGGUACUUGGGUUGGUAGGUGGAUUGGUCCCAUGAAGGUAUACGGCUCAUUGGGAAGAUGGCAGGCUCUUUGCACCUUUAAGAACUUCAUGCACUGCAGGUUUAUCCCAUUAGUGAGCUGCUCAUCAGUGAAGGAGCUGGCCCUGGUGCAGAUCGUGUCACUGCCUGCUACAGGAAGCAUUCAGAGUUGGUGUGCAAAAGAUGUUGGCAGUCUAGCAGUGAGGGAUUGUCUUGGGCAUUUCUUUUGCAGUCACAAAAUUGGUCAUGUGAAAUGCUGCAAGCCUGCUUUCCUUGUGCAUUGGUGGGGGUGGGGUGGGCUUGGGUGGGGGAGGUGUGUACUAUAUAUGCCUUGAACUGUAUAUUGCUGUCCGUACUGUUUGUUGCAACCUGUCUGCAGAAGGAAGCUGCUUCAUUUGGGUACUCAGGUACGGUUAACGUGAAGUUGAUAUUAUAAACUUGAAGCUGAAUGAAUAUUAAGUACCUGUUACCGUGCUGUUCCCUAACAUUGCACAUUGAUGCAUUUGACCAUGAAUUAUUUUAUUUUAGAGUGUUUGUCUGCUAUCAUGAGUCAAAGCUUCACAGUAUUACUAAGUAAGAACAGCUGAGGUUAACUGGAAUUUAGAUAAUGUUAUGUUUUACAGUAUUGUUAUGAAUGCCAAAUGUGAGAUGUUAUUUUUGGUCAGUCAUUUAUGUUUACCAUUACACAAAUGUUUUCCUGCUAGAAGUUUUAGUUACUAUCCUGCCAAAAGUUUGGGACAUCUGCAAUCCUGGUGGUGUCAGAACCUCUUCCGUGAAUGGGAAUUUCAUUUGAAAACUGAAGUGGGAGAGAAGCAGCAUUAAUUAGAGUGAAAUUCAGUGCAAAAAAAGGUAAUUAAGAUAAGGAAAUCAUGAUUGGAUUAUAAAGACAAAAGAAAACAGUAAACAAUUCUGAUAUGUCUGUCCUUGGUCUCUUCCACUACCAUGAUGAGACCUAACUCAGGAUGGAGAAGCAACACAUUCAGUCUAGGUAACCUCCAGUCUGAUGGCACGAACAUCGAUUCCUCCAUCAUCCAGUCACUGCUCCCACUAACCACUCUUUUUCCAUUCCCCAUUCUGAUUAUCCUCUCAGCCCCGUCUCCACACCUGUCCAUCACCUCCCCCGGUUCUCCUCCUCCUUUCCCCUCUCCAUGGUCCACCCAUCACUUCUCACCUUCCCUCUUUGUUCACACUCCCCCACCUACCUUCUCUCUCAC